AUGAACGAAAACAUUUUAACCUGCUUGAGAAUUAAAGAAACAAGCGCAAAGCCUGUCUUCACUCCAAAUCACAUAAAUGUACAGAAUAAGUCGUUUGCUGUUGACAGCAUUUUCUACGGGCCCGAUCAGAAUGAGAUAUUUCAAUACGUUUCAAAAACUAUUCUCUCAAAAUGUGUCCAAGGAUACAACUGUUCUGUGUUUGCCUACGGACAGACAGGCAGUGGCAAGACAUACACCAUACAGGGAACAGACAGCAGUCCGGGACUUGCUCAACGCUCGCUAUCAUUCUUCCAUAACAACUACGAUGAAGUCAAGCUCUCGUUUAUUGAGAUAUACAAUGAAAACAUGCUAGACUUGUCCGUGCCAGAAAAUGAAAUAAGCAUAAGAGAAGAUCCGGUGCUGGGAGUAACAGUUGAUAGCUUAAACGUCUUUAUUUCACACUCCCUGAUGGAAAGCUUAGAGUUCUACAAAAGAGGAAUUGCAAACAGAAAAACAGCAGCUACACAGAUGAAUGAAAACAGUAGCAGAAGUCAUUCAAUAUUCACAAUCAGCCUUGAGAUGAAGAAUAAGAAUAUAGUCAAGAAAUCUAAGCUGUGCUUUGUGGAUUUGGCAGGAUCCGAGAAAAUCGGGGAUAAUGAAAUUGAAAGGGUCAAAGAAACCUGCAACAUCAACACGUCGCUACUAUGUCUGGGUAAGAUUGUCCAUAAGCUAAGUUCAAAUGACAGAUGGCAUAUCUCCUACAGAGACUCAAAACUCACAUUUCUUCUGAAAGACUCGUUGGGCGGAAAUAGCAAAUUGGCAAUUAUUGGAACAGUAAACAUUGAUUUUCCAUCUGACACAGUAAACACGCUGAAUUUUCUGAGUAGGUCCAAAAAGAUCACCAACAGUCCCUCAAUUAACUAUGAUACAGGCAGGUCGACUGUUGCGGAGCUUACAGAGAAUAUUAAGCAGUUGGACGAGGAAAACAACACGCUCAAGGCCGAGAUAGCUGAGCUUCGUUCACAGAAGGAAAAUAACAUCAAAAGUUCAAUAAUCUACGACGUGAAGAAGCUGAAAAGAGAUUUCAAUCUUCUUAUGGACGAAUUCAAUGUUUUAUGUGCCAGUUCUAAGGCUAUCAUUGGAAACUACUAUGAUACUAAUCGAUCUGCGAUUUUGGAAAUUAGUGAGAAUUUAAGAAUGCUAGCCGAAAGAAACAAAGAGAACAUCCGAAAUAUAUUUACAAAGAAGAGAAGGAUAGAUGAAGAAAAUGAUGAAUAA